AUGCAGAAAAAUAUAUCGUCCAAAUUCUGCCAGUAUAAUCUACGAAAUAUGCGCGCGUUAUCGUCGAAUUCAAGGGAUGUGAUGCGACAAUGUGGCCGAGUCCACGUCCUACAGGGGUUGAUCGCCUCCAAGUCCCAAAGGAAUUUAUCUGCCGCGUCCGUCUUACAUAUCGAUGAGAAGACCGCGGGCGGGCGAGAGGGUUUCCUCACUUGGCUGAAGGACAUAUUUAAUAAAUUUGUUGCAGAAGAUAAAAGCCACGAAGCUGACACAUCGAUCGUGACCAUCGAUCGCGCAACUACAACGCUCGAUCAUCCAGAAAUAACGGUUUCGAAACGGCCAGCAGACUCUUCGGUCGACGUCGUUAAUCAAAAACUGACCAAUUUUAACACGACGCAAUCGAUGACGAAGGAUGGGAAUAUCGAGAAAUAUAAAUACGCAGAAAACGAUGAAAAACGCGCUAAUGCGAUUCAACAGUCGGCGACUUAUAUCUCGUCGCAGUCGAGUGAACGUGGAAAAACUUUAGAACGCGGAGCGGACUCGGACUUUACGUGGUUCAAUCCCGACGAGAUACAUCGAUCGGAGAGAAACGUGAUGAAAUUUGCGGCGAGAGAUGAUUCCGAUGUGGCCGCACAUUAUCAUCGUUACACGAAUCCGAGACACUGUUAUCGCCUGCUACCGCGAACGAAACAUCCACUUUUGGAAUCGUGCGCUCUAAAUAGAAAUAUUGGCGUGUCGACGCGCGCGAUAGCGGAUUUCGCUCCUAGGAACACGAAGCCGCCUGUCAGGGAACCGAACAUGCCCGAAAAGCGCGAGAAGAUAGACGAGAAGAAGAACAGAAAAGAGAAGAAGAAGCCGGUAAUACGUACGGAUGGCGAACUUGUCGAUAGUAGCGAGAACCAAGCGGAGAUGGUAGCUGACGAUAACCCGAAGGGCGACUCCGGCACGGUAUAUCGUUACGAAUGGGGCGUGAAACUCGCCGAGGAGCCGGCCGUCGAGGUGAGCGAUAACUCGGCCGAAAAGAGCCAGCGAUACGUCACGAAGCAGUUUUGGGGAGUGAACGUGAAACAGCCGGUUGUCGAAGACGCUCCUUCUCAGGAGUCCAAGGCUCCCGAGAAUUAUGCGGAAGAGCAUCGAAACACCGUUCCGAUCCUCAAGAGUAGUGAUACCAUCGCUAAUGAGACGAGAAGAAACGUUUUUUCAUCGGUAAACGUUUCAGCGAAAGAGCCGGAUGAGCCGAGCUUGAAAGGUACGACCGCGGAAUAUCUGUCGACUCCAUCGUAUCGGGCAAACCAACCUUCGUCGAGUAGUGAUCCUGUUGCGCCGCAGCAAGAAAAGACUAACAUGGACAGUUCUGUAGCCCUCCGAAAAAUCAUGAAGGCAUCGUCGAAUAAGUUAAAAGAGACGAUAACGACUAAUGACGAGUAUAACGUUCCGGAAGAAGCGUCCUUGGAUAUCGAGAUUACCGCCUGGAAAGAUCUCGCGAUGAAAUCGAAGAGAAUACUACACAAGGAAGUUUACUUGUCGCCUGAUAACAUGGAGAAUAUGGACAUGGUGUCGAUUCGUCCGGAAGCGCCGCAGCCAAAGUUGGACGUGCAAGUCGUCAAGCCUAGCGAAGACUUGGAAGAAGUUGAUCAGUCCAAUUCAGAACAAUAUAAAACUGCAAAAUCUGUGGAGAUGAAGCAUUUUGGAUCGCCGCAAAAACCAGACGGUUACUUAUCCAAGAGACUGCAUACCGCGAGUACGCAGAUUCGUUAUGCGCAUUGGCAUUCAAAUAGUAUCGCAACACUUUCAAAUACCUCUGCUCUCGAUAAAAUCAUGCAGAUAAAAUGUUCAAGGCUUAUGUCAGCUUUCUCUACUAAUUCUGAGAAUUCUAAAGAGAUUAUUAUUAAAAUAGUAAAUCAGCAGAAUCCAGAAGAGACAGAUUUGAAGAGUUGGAAUGAAGAAGAAAAAUCUAAUGAUUCUAAUGCGAAUAAUUCGUUUAACAUCAAAUUGUCUUCUGAAUCUGUAUCAAACGACGAAGAAACUUACUUUAAAGAUGAUGACAUUCAGGAUGAAAUAGAACACUACGAUUCAACACUACAUAACAAAGACGCUACGUACGAUAUCGAUUUCGAUACUCCAUUCGAUCGUGACAGUGAUCUAAUCAAAUCGUCGAACGUAAAGUUAAGCGAAGAGGACUCGAAAUCCAUCGAAGAAAGCAACAAGAAUAUUAUUUGGGAGCCGAACGCGGAAGACGUAGAAAAAGAGUACAUCGACGAUGACGAUUAUGUACGAUUACCGGGCGAUUACUAUCCUUACAGUAAAGAGAACCUGAAAAAAUGGUCGCCCUUCAUCGAGAAGCCGACAAGACAAGAAACCAAGUUCAAUUCUAUCUUCGUCGAACCAUCGAGCCCGAGGAAGGCUAAUGAUAUGUAUGCAAACGUCACGCGCGAUUCUCACGCCGAUGCGGUAAUGAAGACUUCAGGAAGCGGCGACGGCUUGGAAGCAAAAAACACGGAACGGUCGAGUAGUGGAUUCCACGUGUCCUCUCAGAGUCAGCGGGUGGUGUCUGAUUGCCUGCACGGCGAUGCCGCAGAUGCGCUGGGAUUGCAACGAUGGAACGAGGCCUUCUCGCGGCUCGACGUACACGGCGAGAUGAACGAGGUGGCGACGCGAGGCGGUGACGACGUGUCGUCCCGCGCCUAUCAUCAGUAG